AUGCCGUUAAAGGUUCAAGAUGAAUAUUUGGAAACCGGGUCAAGCAUAGCUGCCGACUCGCAGAUCAAUUAUGAAGAUGCCAUAAGUUACUGGACUCUGGUUCCUGCAUCGGUGAAUGGAGUUCUCGGAGGUUUUGGUGAACAAACUGCAGUUCCCAAAGUCGAUAUAGUGGGCUCUUUAACUUUUCUUCGAAGAUUAUCGAGUCGAAUGAUAUGUCCCGCUGGAGAAAUGAAAUAUACUAUUGAUAUGGGUGCCGGAAUUGGUAGGAUCACAAGAGACGUGUUGUGGAAAGUGAGCGAUAAAAUUGACUUACUUGAGCCAGUAGUGCCCUUUGUAAAAGAAAUGGCAAAAGAGUUGGUUGAAGUAGAGAAAUUGGGGAAGUUGGGCGAGAUUUACAAUAUCGGAAUGCAGGAUUGGAUACCGGAUAAAAAAUACUGGAUGAUUUGGUGUCAGUGGUGUGUUGGCCAAUUACCUGAUGAGGCAUUGGUUCAAUUUUGGCAAAAGUGUCGAGACGCACUAAUGGAGAAUGGCACUUUGAUAGUGAAGGAGAAUAUUGCACCAGUGGAGGACAUUUUCGAUGACACUGAUAGUUCUGUCACCAGAACAGAUUCAAAGUUUAGACAGUUGUUUUCCCAAGCAGGGUUUAAAUUGAUUGCUACUGAUGUGCAAAGAGGAAUGCCUAAGGAAUUGUACCCUGUGAGGAUGUACAGUUUGAAAGUGAUGCAAAAAUAA